UUGACUCUAAAAGAAAGGUGGAGUGUGUGUUAUAGACGGUGUAAUCAUUUACAGCAUCCGCAGCGGCACUGCACAGGUUUGUUCCUGACCAAAAUGGCAGCAGUCCAGGAGGGACCGUGGAAAAGCUUGAGCUCAGGAAAGAAGGUGGUGCUAGCUGCAGGCCUUUCUGUCGGGGCCACAGUGGGCUACAUUGUUUACCGGCACAUUAGGAGCAGCAGUGCACAACGUCAAGAGACAGAUCAGUCAAGGUUUUCAAUGCCCCUUGAAGUGUACAGAUCUAUUGCAAGACAUCAGAGCACCUUUCUUGAUCUAGUGAGUCAGAAAUCAGGAGCUCAGGUAAACAUACAACCCGAUUCACAGGAUCCAAGCUCGGUCAGCUUCCUGCUUCAGGGCAAAGCGGAGCAGAUUCUCCUGGCUAAGUGUGCUCUGGAGAAACUGGCCACAGACAGCGAGCUUGUCACUGAUUUCAUCGACGUGCCUCAGAAUGCCUUUGGACGAAUAAUAGGUCGAGGCGGUGAGACACUCAAGCUAAUUAGCCGAACAUCAGGGGCUCGGAUAAAUUGUCCACGUGAGCGUGGUUGCAGCUUGGAAGAGAAGGGCAAGGUCACAAUUAUGGGAACACGUCAAGAAGUACGGCGGGCUAAGGACAUGAUCAUGGAGAAGGUGUUGGAAAAUGAAACUGUCCGGAAGCGAAUAAGUCAGUCUUCUGCUCUGCGCCAGAAACGCAAAGCCCUCGAACUGGAACCAGUGCACAAAUCUCAGAGUGCAGACUCUGAGCUUCUGAGAACCGAGAACGGAGAUGAUCUGCUCUCCCCUCUGACUGAGACGGGGUUUACUCAGGCCAACAGCUACAGUGGGUUUGCAAGCAGUGCUGACCACACAACAGAAAAUUCACUGAAAUCUGAUGAGGAGGAGAUUCCUUCACCAGUUUUACCACUGGAGUUUUCAAAGUUUGAAAUCCCCAGUCCAGAUCUGAGCUUCCAACCCGGUGAGCAUUUAGAAGUGUAUGUUUCAGCAUCUGAGAAUCCACAGCACUUUUGGAUCCAGAUCAUAGGCGUCCGAUCACUUCAGUUGGACAAGCUUACUACAGAGAUGAGCCGCUUCUACAGUGGCGAUGCCUUACAGGAGCACAGAGUGGAAACUAUUGUAGUAGGGGACAUCGUUGCUGCUCCUUAUCGGAACCAUGGCACGUGGAACAGGGCUCAAGUGUUGGGGGUCCUGGGCUCAGGUUUGGUUGACUUGUAUUAUGUGGACUUUGGAGACAAUGGAGAAUUGCCACGAGAUCAACUGCGCAGUAUGAGAAGUGACUUCCUGAGCUUGCCCUUCCAAGCAAUCGAGUGUAGUCUGGCAGGAGUGUGUCCUGUAGGAGAAGUCUGGACAGAGGAGGCUCUGGACGAUUUUGAGAGACUGACAUACUCUGCACAGUGGAAACCUUUACUGGCUAAACUGUGCAGUUACUCUCACACAGAGAUGUCUUCCUGGCCCAGUGUAACGCUGUAUGAUAACACGCUGGGAAAGCCUGUGGACCUGGGUGAAGAGAUGAUUCAAUUAGGCCAUGCUGUGAGCAGUCAGGAUGCGGAGAAUGGACUAAGAGAGGAUCAGGACGAGCCCAGAUCUCUACAAAAGUUACUGGAUGACAUGACAGGUGCAACCUCAGAGUUGAGUCUCUCCUGCAUAAGCUUGUCAGAAGUUGCCUCAAUAUCUGGAAGUGUGGACGAUGUGCUUGAAGAUGAUUUUAACUGAAACGAGACCAAAGAUAAUAUACAUGUUAUACUGAGACCACGUGUUACUACAAGCUACAGCAUGAACCUCAUGCUUCCUGUCUGCAAGUGCAAGCCUUAACUGACUGAUGUGUUUUGUGUCUGUCAUGUUUGCCUUCUUGUGUUAUUAUGUUGGCAGUGUUACUGGUACUGUUAUUUACUUAUUUUUAUUUUGUACCAUGUUGUUUUGGGAGUUGAGAGAAUCAGUGCUCAGGGAAUUUGAAGGUAGGAGCUACAGAAAGAAACCUCAGUAUUAUUAUAAGUGUGCACUAAGAAGAAUAUAGGUGUUUUGUGAAAGUUAAUAGAGUGAUUUUUUUUUUAACAAUUUGUAGUUAAUUUACUGUAAUGUUAUUCAUGUUGUGUAUCUCAUGCUUCAUUAACUUGUUUUGAUGUAUAUGUAUAAUAAAAUAGACUAUUCAAUUGUUUUUGCA